AUGGCGGAUAGUCGAAAGAAAGGUGUAUCGUUUUCUUUUUCCAAGAAGGUUUCUACAAAAAACAAGUCCGAAAAAAAUGCCUUAAAUUCAGAUGAUGCUAAGGCUAAAAAGGAAGAAACUGAUUACAUUAAUGCUGCUGAGGGGAAAGAACUGAAAAGGUAAACUCAACAUUUGACAAUUACAACAUCUUCAUCUGUCUUCAUGUAAUCAAUUAUUCUGAAAUAUUCAAUCAUGAACAGAGUUGACGAUAAUUUGAAUAUGCAGUUAAAAAACAAACAACAAUUAAGACAAUUGAUUAGUCGUUUUGCUAUUUUUAAGUAUCAAACCUGAGGAGAAACCAAAAGAGAAAGUUAUUCCUUGCAAAACCAAAAAUCGAUGGAUUCUUUCAGAAGAUGCCAAGUUUGUGGACAGUUUGGAUAGACAGGCUGCUGAGGAGCUUUUAAAAGGUGAAACAAACGGUGUUGAACUUUAAGGUUACUUCCCACCUUCAGAGGCCGAAAAAAUAGAUUUUUCUUUUAUCUGACAAAACUGAAUUCAAGCAUUCAACUUAACGUUCCCAUAAAAAAAAAUUCUGAAAUCUUUAAGAGCAGCCGAGUUAUUUAGAAAAACGUAUUUUUAAAUAAAAGCUAAUAAAUCUCAGGCCUGGGCGAAUUCCCUGAGGGAAUUUUCGCGGCAACCGCUCAUGUUUGGGCUCGAUUUUCAUGUUACUUCUAUAUUUUGUUUACAUCAUGCACUUUACAAAAUUCACUAGUGGAAGCUCUUUGUUUAUGGAAAAGUCUUUGCUCAUGAAGCAAUCUAAAAUCUUACAUUUGAUUUAGGAAGGAAUACAACCACUUUGAGCGAAUUUAUAGGGUACAUUGAUUUGACCAAUUUUCAUCAAACUUCACCAAAACAUCCUAGGAAUAAUGACAAAGGAAAGUGUGUCGGGAAAAUUUUGAUAUUUGAAAUAUUUGUCCCAUGGCAUCCAUUUAUGCAACACAAAUCAUGUAUUUCUAGCUUUUCCGACUUUAGAUGCCAAUAUCUAGACAACCAAUCAGAAUAUCAGAAAAGCCUGAUAUACUUUUGUUGAUCGAUGCCUUGUGAAUGAGACUGUGCAGCCAUUUUGCUCGUGCUGUGGUAUCCAAUACCUGAUAAAUAAGAACCUUCAGUUGUUUCACGUCUUACCAGCUCCUGACACUCCCUUAAAGAAAAGUCCCUUAAAUUAUAUUUUUAUCACAAAUUGCAGUUAUUAAGCUUUCUUCCAAAGUAUAGUUUGCUAGGAUUUAGUGAAACUAGUGUGUAUACAAGUUUUUUCGUUAAGGACACCCAAGAAGGUGGGAAGUAACCUUAACAAUUCUACUGUCAAUUGUAUUCUGGUAUGAGAAAAUUUUAUUUGCUCUGUUUUAUAUUUUCAAAGUAGAAUAGCCAUAAAAUAGCCUUUAAAUCAUGUUUUGGCCAAGUUCCUGGGGAUUGAAAGCUUUGUUUUCAGAUUUUUACCCUCACAGAGUAGACAUGUAACAAGUGUAGACAUGCAAAAAGAAACAAACACCAUCUAAAGGAUGUUAAAUACCUGUCCCUUCAUACAGCUCUGUUAUUUUUUAAACAAGCACAAAUGAUUGUUGAUAAGAUUUUCAGCCAAUCAAAACAUGUUAUGCAUGUGUAUCAGUUAUUUGACCAGAUUUUCUAUACUCUUUCAAAUGCAGCUGUUUCUGGAGAUGAUACUGAAGGUAAUGAAAAUGAAAAUGUAAGCAUUCCACUGUUGAUGAGAAAUCCUUUACCUGACAUUGAAGGAUAUGAAAAGAAUGAGAAACUGGACAUCGCAUUACGGCCUGAACAAGUUAGUAUUGAUAGGUUUCCUAAAGGGUAUAUGAAGACUGACAAAUUAUUUUUCUAUCCUUUGUCAAGAAGCAUAAUUAUGUGUUGUAACUUGAUCAGUAGCCUUCUCCUAGCGCACAAUGAUUAUAUAGAACAAUUUUCAACAUUAACCUGUACAGUAGUUUUAAAAGUGUGCAGCAUGUAUUCUUUAGUACUAGGUGCAAGCCUAUGAAACAUGCAGGGAAUAUGAGAAAAACAAUAUCUUCUUACAAAUGUUUUGGUGUUAAGUGUUGCCAAAUAUAAGCGCCAUGUAGGGGGACGUUGUCUGGACAUUGCAUUUACAUAUAAAUCAUAAAAUGUUUUAGAGGUCUAGGGGUGCAUGAUCCAUCCACUUGUUUGAGGGAAAGUCAAGGCUCCAAGUUUGACUUCUUUCAAAGGACCAUUUGGCCAGCAAUAACACCUUAGAAACAGAAAAGCCAAAUGUGAAGUUAUUAGAGUCCUUUCAGUUGAGCAGUUGAAAUCUUACUUGAAACCAAAGGCAUUGUGUGAGGUCUUUUGAAAAGGUGUACAAGCAAGUAGAAAAUACUGAUAACAAAGGUGCUCCAAACUUAGGGGUCUAGCAUGGGGUUAGGGGCAUGCUCCCCCUGAAUUUUUUUUAAAUUUAGAGUUUUGGAAAUGCCAUUUCCUACAUUUUAUGUUGGGCAUUUUCAGUAAAAUGAUACAAAGGAAAAUGCAUUAGUAAGUGUGCCUUGGUUUUUUCCCCAUCUCCAGUGUUAUUGGUACAGUUUUAGUUGAUAAAACCUCAGCCAGAAACAAAGUCUUCUAAGGACUAAUUUUUCAUUCCCACACUGAAAAAUACAGAGGCUGAUCAAUACAGCCUCUGAUGACAUUUGACGAGACUUGCUUUUUUCGCUGAAGAAUUUUGACUGUUGCAGUCGGCAAGAUACUGAAAAAUUCAUUCAUGACCUAUCGUGUAACCAACUUUCAUAGGUAUCAAAUUCCACCAGUAUUAUGCUGUUUUUUUCAGCCUGAGAAAAAAUUGUUUUCUUGCUUGUGAAAUUUUAUUUUGGGUACUGGCUUUAGACUGGAUGACAAGCAUUAGCCCUCUCCCACCCCCUGUUCCCCUCCAAUUAAUAGAUACAGCUUGCUGCACUGACAGCUAGUGUCAACUACCUGGUACAUAGCAUCAAUGAGUUAAUUUUUUUUCUCAUCACAGAGCUCAAUGCAAGACUAUGAGGAUAUGCCUGUGUCUUCAUUUGGAGCAGCCAUGCUACGUGGAAUGGGGUGGAAGAAGGGGGAAGCUAUUGGAGGCACAAACAAAGGGUAAUGAUACACUACAUAGCUAUUGACAUUUGAAAUCUUCAGAUGUGAGUGAUUUCAAAGUAUAUGUAGCUUAUUAUUACUAUAAUAAUAAUUAUUAUUAUUAUUAUUAUUAUUAUUAUUAUUAUUUCUAAGGAUGAUUAAAAAUGCUGUAUCUGCACUUAGGGAUAAAACCUUUUGAAAGAAAUUGCUCUCAUGCAAUAUGAAAGUUAAAAACAGGCUUCUGAAAAUUCUACACCUUGAACUUAGAAAACAUCCCCCCUGUCUUGUCAAUGUUCCUGUAUCUUUGUUGCAAAAAGCAUUUAGUCACUAAUGUACAAAAGUACUAUAAGAUGUGGCCAAUACGGAUACAUACAGCUGCAUAUCAAAAUGAUGUCAAACUUUGCAAGAAACUUAUGUCCAGAUUUAAAAAAUACCCCAUUCCUCUGAACUUUUGGCAAAUCUGGAACACAAUUAAGUCAAUUUGACAGUAAUCCCCCUUAGGUUUGUAAUUAUACUUAUUCUUCAAUGACAUGUUUCACUUACUAUUUAUUUUAGGUUUACAGAACCUAUAGAAUAUAUUCCAAGAUCUAAGGGUUUAGGGCUGGGGGCUGAAAGAAGAGUCAUGGAUGACAUGAUCCUUGGGAAGAAGCGGAAACCAGGAGACUCAAUCACAGAAAAGGUAUGGUUCUACUUAUAUACUGUGUUUAGAUAGAAUUUCAGCCUCUUUGGCUUCUCUAAUACACAUUUAGUGCUAUGAAAGUCCUUUCAACUUUUUGCUUAUAAUUUUCUCGUGGUCUUUCUUCACUGAAUCUGUACUAACUGUCGUAAACAGUUCAGGAAACAAUCAGAGGAGAAAUUAUAAUCUAGGCAUAGAAUUCUUCUAUGAAAUUUAUAUGAUGUUGUGCUUAAAUAGAGUUCUGGUGCUAUUAAAGAAAAGGAUGGUCGUGUCAGACACUUUAAAGGAGUAGGAGAGGCACUUCCUCAGGAAUCAUCUUUAGGUAAUUAUUUAGAAAGAGAUGAAACUUGCAUGUAAUCAGUGCAUAUUCACAAAUUAAUGGCCUGCUGGCCACUACUAGCACAACCAAAUCCAGAUUGAGUUUUGAACAAUGGUGAUUGGAAUCGUGAUUAGAGUAGUUGUAUUGUGUUCACAGAAAUUGACACCAAUGCUCAAAGUGACCUUUACCUCCCAAAAUCACAGUGGUACAUGCAAAAAAUGAAGAAGAGUAGCAAUGAUUGUUGCCACUUGAUGCUAUCAAAAUAAGAUUAUUAAGCUUUUGUAGUGUAGGCCAUCUGGCUGGUUUAAAAGACGUCACCUUUGACUGUUAAGCAGCCAUCACAAUGUUUCUCCUUACUUUAAUAUUUCAUUAAAUUUCCAUUAAAUUUUCAUGAAUAUUUUUCUAAAGCUGACUUCUGUAACAUAUCAGGUAAUAUAUUAUAUCAGGUAAUAUAUUACAAGCUAGCCAUGGUUUUUGGGUUCUAAUGUGUGGAGUUUAACAGUUUAUAUUUUCUGAUCUUAGAUUACAGACCUGGUGUAGGAGUUAUAAUAGAGAAAGGUCCUCAUCAAGAUAUGUGUGGAAAGGUGAAUAAAAUGUCCUAUUCACUGCAACAUCAUCACAUCUUGAUAAAACUGACCAAUUUAGUCUUUUUAAUCAGAAUUGAAGUAUUUUACUGACAUAAAACUCUUGACUUGUCUCUGAUAAUGAAGAUUUCUUACGGAUAUAUGCACAGGUUGUUAUAAGGUGCUGGAGUGUCACCAAAAACUGACAUUUUUAGGAUGACACUCUCCUAAAAAAUUUUAUUGAAGGAACAGUUUCUUCAUGUACAGUGUACACUGUUUGACUAGAAAUCAGCAUGCUUUUUUUUUUGGUUUUGUAGAUUGUGGCUGUAGAUGUUGAUACCUCAAGAAUUACAAUCCAAUUUCAUUUAAGUGAAGAGGUUAGUCUUUGUCUUAUGUUUCAUAACCUUCUCCAGUGGUUUACCUUUACACUCCCAACAUCAGAUUUACAUUCAAGUCACUUUCAGCAGCUUAAUAUUUUCUUUUUUUUUUUCGGUAAAAGUGAACAAUAGCUCCCAUGUUCAGCUGUUGGUAACCUGUCGGCCAACUGUCAGCCGACAUGAUACUGCCACAUUACCGACAGCCGGCCAACAGUGUUAACCAGACCGUACGCACCAAUUUUGUAUUUACCUUCUACCUAACUUGUAUUUUUACGAAAAUAGGCCUGUUUGGUCUAUGGCAAAAAGGAAGUUUUUCAAUCGCCCCAUAAUGCAUUGCAAAACCAUAGUUUACAAUACUUCAUGUAUGUCUGAUUAAUCUUUCUUUUCUUGUGACAGGUCGCGAUCAUCGCCCUUUUUGGCGUAUUGUGACAAUUAAAAUAUUAAAGUAUACCUUUUUUUGGCAUUUUAUUAGACUUCAUUCAGGAGUGUUUUGCCUUUCUUUUAAAACCAUCUGCAUGCUUCAUGCACAUUCCUGCCAGGAUGCUAGCAAGCCGCGAUCAGCCAAGAACGACAGUUGACAGUUGGCCAACAGUCGGCCGACUAUUGGUCGACAGACAGCUGACAAUAUCUUUUGGGAACUGUUCUUCACUUUUACCCUUUUUUCAAGAAAAUUUGGUACACAUUAAUAAGUUAUAGUCAAAUAAUAAUGCUUGUUCAUUUGCAUAAUCUAUUUGCUGGAGUGGAUAAUGUAAUGAUUUUAAAAGGAGAACUUACUUGUUAAUCACAUCUGAGGGUGAAGUGAGGUAGAAUAUUAGAGAAACUCAUAAGAUGAGUUGUGGGAUCUCCCACCAUUUAGGAUGAUGUAGCUACCUUUAAAAAUGUGAAAUACUUUUUUCUUUCAGAAUAUCACAUUACACCAGUGUAAUGCUAGACUAUUAGAUGAUAUUGAAUAUAGGGCCCUAUCAAAACAAGGUGAGAAUUUUGAUAGCACUACUUGUUGGAGCUAGAUUAAAAAAUGUUGGUCACUUUUCAUUCAUCAGCUCUAACUACAUCAGCAACAUUGCUUCUUUUCAGUGUUAUUUGGGUAUUAAGGGCUAUUUUUUUACAAAGAAAAGCAGUGUAGAGAGUGGUUUCAACGUCAUGAUUCACUAUUAAGACAGACAUUGAGGUUCAGUUCCUACUUUGUCCUUCUUAAAGAGUGCUGACUGAGCAUGCAUGUAUCGUAAGCAAGCUAGUAAAUCAAUGAAGACAGUAGUUUGUUUGUUUGUCUCUUUUAACAUGCUGUGGCUAGAAAUCCAACAAACUGAAGGCAAAUUAGACCUUGCAUUUAAGACCAUGAAAGACCUACAUGUGUAAUUUAUAUGGAGAUCUCUUAGAGCAAUACACAAACUAACAGGCAACACUAUUUUAAUUGAGUAACUGAUAAAAACUGCCUGCCCUCUGUUUCUCAAUUGAAAUGUGGGCAAAUUAAAUUCUUUCCCUAUGUGUGUUAUUCUUAUUCAGAAUAUCUGAAAGAAUUCUCAAAUGAAAUAAUACUAAUUAAGUAAUACUAACCAUCAGGUAUUUUUGAUAAUUGUUUGUUUAUGUGACUUAAAUCUUUAUGUUCCUAUUAGACAAACUAAAACAAAAUGGACACAAAAUAAGAAGUAACAAGAGAACAAGAAAUGAUGAACAGGAAAGGUUAGAACAUCCUAGUAAUUGUUUAUUGUCUUGUAUUCAGUUCUCUCUUAACUUGUAAGAUAUAACCUUUAAAUAGCUUAGAAAGUGAUUUUAGGUAAUACAACCUCUUCAGAUGUACGUAACAAUCAGAAGUGGCUACAAUCAGAAACAAACCAUGAGAUGCUCCAUUCAGCCUUCACCACCAUAACUCACACCUCAACCUUCCGCAAGGCAGACUGAUUUCAAACAUCCCCCAAUCAUUGAGAAGUGCCACCUCCUUAUCCUCUAUCCUUAAUGCAAAUGGUUAUACAAGCAUACCAGCCAUCAAUGAGGAGAGGCUUCCCCCUCUCUGUAACACCACCCCCUCCUCCUACAUCUGGAGUUAUCAGUAGUUGUUGAGAUCAUAUUAGAGCAACUUAAAGAAGAACAGAAAUUGUAUUAUGAGACAGAAAUUGAGGUUAAGCAUUUAGACUGAAAUGUCUUUUUCCUUGGUUAACUGCAGUCAAAAGUGCAAAGAUAGCAAAUAUUCCAAGAAGAGCAAAGAAGGUAAAAGUAAUUCCAGUUCACAAAAGGGAAGCAACACUCAAACCAAAUGUUGGCUGUAUCCACAAAUAAAAGUGAGGAUCAUCAGCAAGAAUUACGAGAAGGGCAAAUAUUACAACAAAAAGGUUUAUUGUCUUUCUUUAACCAUAUCAUUUUUUAAUGUCCAAACCAGUAGUAAAGUUGCUUUUUUAAAAACCAAUCAGGAAUAAUGAAUAGAUACUGUUACCCAUUCCACCUACUGUGUGAUAUUUUUGUCCAUCAUCACACAUGUUGCCUGGCAAGCAAGUGAUUACCUCUUUGUACAGUCUCCUGCAUGUAGAUUCUUCAACAUUCAGAUGAGAAGUAACAGAGUGGGGACCAUUUAGAAAAUGGAAGUACUGUGAAACUAAUUGAAUUUUUAUGUUUUGGUGGAAAUAAAUAAUUGUAAUCUUAUGCAAAGCUUUUCUUUUAUUCUGUAGGUAAAAGUUGUUGAUGUAGUCAGUAGGGACAAAUGUGUUUGCCAGACAGAGGAGGGAAGACUUAUUGAAGGUAGAUGUGCAGACUGAGUCAGAAUUUACAAAGUUGGUCUAAAAAGUUGUCACUACGGACCCUCAUACUAAACAUAACAUAACAUUGGUAAAAUUAGAGGCUGUCCAGCAAAGAGCAACCCAAGGGAUUACUAAGUCUGAUGAUGAUUAUGAUACUAGAUUAUCUAAGUUAAAAUUAUUGUCAUUAUCUAAUAAGAAGCUCAUGAGAGAUGUUACCUUUUUGUUCAAUAUACCGGUAAUUAAUCUUCAUUAUGAUAAAGAUAUUUCAAACAAGCUCCUACUUUGUAGGACAGAAAUAUAAAUUACAUCUUGAGAAAAAGUGACUUUGCUCUAAAUUAAAAAAAAUCAAGACUGAAUUGUUAAUAAAUGGAAUAGUUUACCCAAUCAUGUUAGAGAAUCAAAUAGUGUCACAGCCUUAAAAAGGAAUUUUUUUUUUAGGAUAAUUAGAACUUUUAUUUUUUAUAUUUGUAUAUACUUUUCUUACACCUUGAUUAGUGGGACAUCCCUAGCAUGGUGCAUCAGCACUUUAAGGUGUCUCCUUCUCCACAAUGUUUCUUUACUGUUGUGAUGAAUUCAGUUUAUUGUCUAUUAUUUUGUAAUCUACAGGAGUGAAUCCAUAAUAAUUAACUUAUGUUUAUGUUUGUUUGUUCAGAUGUACCACAAUCAGCAUUGGAGACAGUUGUGCCCAAGACUCUUGAUUCCCAUGUCCGAGUUGUUGGAGGUGAUUCCAAGGGACAGGUUAGUUCCUAACCAAAUCCAACCCUAUGUUAACUAAAGUAAACAAAAAAAUUACUUCUUUUUGAGUCUUUCAAGCCUUCAAAAAGCCUUCAUGUGUCAUUAUUGGACAGAAGCAAAUGAUGUCAUGAGUUUAUUGUAUGCAGGACAUGAGAGUGAUUAUGCCUUUGGUUGUCAGUGAUUAUAUGGUGUUGUAUAUAGGUUUCAGGUUUGGUGAGGUUUAGCUCUGUUAAGUAGCGCAUUGAUGUUAGUGUUGCCACAAACAUGACGUAUACACCAACUCUUAUCACCCAGUCAUCAAAGUGUCUGUAACAGUGAAAGUAGUUGACUUUACUUUAUGUUAAUUUAGUGGGGCUGAAGUUUGGUGUCCAUUGUCUGUAUAGCAGGGGUAGAUGUUCCAGAGGUGUGGUGCAGCGGUAACCGGUCAAGUCGCCCGAGAGUCAUCGCGCCUGAAGUCAUGUCGCCCGAAACCUGAGUCAUGUUGCCCGAAAUUUUAGUAAUGUCGCCCGAAAAAAAAAGUCAGGUCGCCCGAAGAAACAAAUACUAAAAAGAUCAGAAUUUCAGACUGUAAAUAGGCAAUAACGUUGAGAAAUUUUUUAUCACUAAAGCGCUCUUUGUUUCCGACAAUACCAUGAAGAUUCUUAAAGCGCUGUUCGUUCCUAAGAACAAAGGGAAACGUUGUUUGUUUCCAACAACAACAUGAAGCGUUGUUCGUUUGGUAUGUACUCGUUUCUUACUCACAGACAUUUCGUAAGCUUGGAAAACUCUUUCUUAUUUCUUAAAAUGCCAUGAAGACUUUGACUACACAGAAAUCGAUUGUAUGGUCAGAAUUGAAAUAUGUUUGAGUAACGACUCUAAAAGUGUUGUUCGUUUCUAACAACAGAGGGAAGCGUUGUUCGUUUCUAUAACAACAAAUGCAUGGAUGCAGCGUAACAUACAAGUAAAGUUCUGUUGUGUCUAUUUGUGACUUUCUUAACAAUAACAGAUGAAAACACCUGGUAAACGCGUUCGACAAGUCGGUAAAAGGUAAAGCGAGUAACAUACAAAUGAAAUUAACUUGUUGCCUUGCGUAAGGUAAGUGUGAUAUUUUUAAGAUAACUGGCUAUUGUUUAUGCUCGUGACUUUUUUCACAGCAGUAGUCUGAUAGCAUCAUUUCCCUUAGGAUCAUAAUAGGAAAAAAUUAUGUAGUUGUGCUCUGUUUCCUCAGGCGGUCGCAUGUAUAUUUGAUCCGAUCAAAGUAUAUGUGAAAGGGGUAGAGCUAGCUACAAUACGAAUACAAACUGAUCAAAAUGAGCAUUCAUCCUUGCAUUGAGUGUGAUGAUGAAGUUCGUGCACGUCAAGGUUAGAGCGAUGAUUACGGUCGCUCAUAUGGCCUUUCUGACCAUAUGAUCGAUUUCUGUGUAGUCAAAGUCUUCAUGGCUUUGUUAGAAACCAAGAAAUAGUUUCUCAAGCUUACGAAAUGUCCGUGAGUAAGAAACGAGUACGCACCAAACGAACAACGCUUCAUUUUUUUUUUUUUUUUUUUUAAACGGAGAACGCUUCCCUUAGUUGUUAGAAACGAACCACGCUUUUAAAAUCAUUACUCAAACAAAUUUCAAUUCCGAACAUAUAAUCGAUUUCUGUGUAGUCAAAGUCUUCUUGGUAUCGUUAGAAACCAAGAAAGAGUUUCUCAGGCUUACGAAACGUCCGUGAGUAAGAAACGAUUACAUACCAAACGAACAACGCUGUAUUUUGUUGUUGGAAACGAACAACGUUUCCCUUUAUUGUUAGGAACGAACAGCGCUUUAAGAAUCUUUAUGGUGUUGUCGGAAACAAAGAGCGCUUUAGCGAUAAAAAUUUCUCAACGUUAUUGCCUAUUAACAGUCUGAAAUUCUGAUCUUUUUAGUAUUUGUUUCUUCGGGCGACUUGACUUUUUUUUUCGGGCGACAUCACUAAAAUUUCGGGCAACAUGACUCAGGUUUCGGACGAGAUGACUCUCGGGCGACUUGACUGUAAACCGGUUCAGCUUGUCAUACCAAUGUGUUUUUAAUUCCUUAUGGGGAUGAAUACUUAGUUUGGUCAUAUGACUUCUAACUUUUAACUCUUGAACUUUGCAGUUUCCUCAUUUCCACUAUCAUCUGUGUAACCUAAUUCAUAGGUAUGAAUUGUUUGUUCCCUGAUUGGUUUAAGUUAGCAUUUAUGCCAUCAUCAGAUCAAAGUCCGUAGGUUACUAAAUUCUAGAAAUCUCCCCAGCAUCUAUUUGGUGCAUUAUUAAAAGUACAUGUUGUAAGAUAUGGCACAUUUAUUAUUGUUGUCAAUUUUGCGUACUGCGUUGUUCUUCAUUCAGCUUGCAUUGUUACUGGAGCGGAAUACAACAAAGUACAGCGCUGUCAUUCAACUUUUGAUGGACAAGUCAAUUAUUACAGCGGAUUACGAUGACAUUUGUGAACAUGUUGGUGAUGGUAAUGAGUUUUGAUGUUGAAGGAAUGCCAGAGACAGCCUGCUCGGCAGAGCAUUUGUUUAUUUUACUGUCAGCAGGCGUCAAUCCUGUUGAGCUGGCCUGUCUUGCAGGUUUGCGAGAGCUACAACCAGAAGAUCCCAGAGGACAUGAUUUUCACAAAUUCCCACUGGCCCACUGUAUGCACGAAUGCAAAUGAGAACAUGGAGCGCGAGCAGUACUUUUGACACGACACAACAGUUUAUCUAGUAGGUGCCUUCACUGGCGUGGUUUGCCUGCACCAUCACGUGUCUGUGAUAUACAUCGCCAUGAUCGCUGUUAAGCCAAGGAUGGUAGUGCAGUGAGGAAUAUUGAAUGAUAACGACAGAAGAUAAAAUGAAAAUUACGAGCAAAACCGUUGGAGAAGAUCAAGUGAUAUAAUAUGACGUUUUAGUCCAAAAAAAUUUACUUGGGUGCAGCUAUUCCAAAGAAUGACUUCGUGAGACUGAGCUUUUAUGACUACUGUCUUAUAUAGGAGGCAAAGCCACAGAUGUCGUAGAGAUGAGUGAAUGAGUGAGUGUAACGAUAGAUUCCGAUCUUGACCAAAUAUUUUAACCCGAUGUUUUGCGGUGCUACUCAUUGUUUGUUCCGGAGAAUCUAUGCAAAACUUACUGUUACUGUUUUCUGCGUAGGGUGUUUUCUUUUGUGUGUUCUCUGGUUGGACUUUAUGAACAAACAAAUAUUUCCCUUCUUCCGUAACAAGCAAGGAAACGCGCUCUCAUCUUGAAUUAAAUUUUAAACAAAAACUUAUCGUAAGGUUUGAAAAUUGGGGAGUAUCACUUGGGUGAUAUCUUCGGAUAUCUCCCAGUUUUAGCUGGGAAAUAUUUGUUAACAUGAUGCGUUUAAACCGGUUGUGUACAAGAAAAAUAUUUGAUGGAUCCUUAUCGAGGAGGUUACUCCAAGUGAUAUUCCCUAAUUUUCAAGCUCCACGUCCAUUUGAGCAUUUUUUGUUUUUUUUAAAAGAAGGGACAUGUUUUUUGUAUUUAUAAAAUCGUAUUAGACAAGAAUGAAAAGUGAACAUCCCUUGCAGUGAAUGAUUAGCUGUUGGUAAAUUUUGUUCCCCGUAAUUUGUAAUAAUAUUUGAAGGAAAUAUGCUCGUUGUUUCGCACUUUAUGGACAAGAUUACUCAUGUUUGCGGAAAACCUUUGAAAGUUCAGGAGUUGGCUGCAUACUCACCACCUAUUCUCAUGCAAAAGCACCACUUGAAACCUGAUAGAUUCAUUUUCUGCUAGGCGCGUCUUAUGGUCGUGAAAGUAGAAUUAUUCUUUGAUGUGAUUUUUCAGUUUCGCUGCCGUCACUAGCUUGAAAAGUGAAGCAAGUGCUUUGGCAGAUCGAAAUUUCUCUACUAAACAAACUCUAUCACUUUUAAAAAAUAUAACGAAACCUCUUCAAAUAGAUAUUCAACCGUUCGUUUGUUGUUCGGAGUUGAGUAGUGACUCGGACUCUGAAAAAUUCGAGCACUCAACAGCUAACUUCUUUGAAACUUCCAAUUUCUUAGUUUUAAAGUUAACAUUGAAAUAGCCCCCUUAUCAAUCAUAAGACAUUUAGUUUAACCUAUCACUCGUUUCGGAAAUGAAAAAAAUUUGGUUUUUUAACAUUCUGUAGGUGUCAGGUACCUUUUUUUCCUUAUCAUCAGUUUAUUCCGUUCCGUAAAUUUUCUCUCUGAACGUUUUUAAAAGAAAGCGUAAAUAUCGAUAAUCUCC